AUGCCGUCUGCGAAGGCGACUGGAUCCGAUGCCAACGGCUCAGGUGCGAGAUCGCGCGACCACAAACAAGGCAACCAAAACACCAAGUGGUCGGCAGAGGAAGAGGCGGUAGUCCUGCGAAUCAUGAAAUGCGCGCCAGGCGCGUUCUACGAGAUUCUCGCAAUCGAUAAGAAUGCCACUAGCGCUAAGAUCAAGACAGCGUAUAGAAAGCUAAGUCUGGUGACGCAUCCUGACAAGAACGGACACCCAAACGCGGGGGAAGCAUUCGGAAAGAUUGCGCACGCAUUCCAGGUCCUCUCGGACGAGACUAAGAAGGCUGCAUACGAUCGAACUGGAGUCGACCCCGACGCCAGAGGCAACCCGGGUAUGUCGGCCAGUUCUGGGUUUAGCGGCGGCCGGCCAGGUGGUGCUGGUGCUCAGUUCGCGUCAGAAAUGUCCCCAGAAGAACUGUUCGCCCGGUUCUUCAACGGUGGCUUUGGAGGAAUGGGUGGUAGCCCGUUCGAUGGCCCAUUCGGUGGCCCUCAGUUUGUGUUUAAUAUGGGAGGAGGUGGUCCGGGCGUUCGUAUGCAUCAGUUCGGAGGAGGCGUCCCGCGCCGCAGGCCUCGUCCAGCCGCUGGCGCCCAGUCGGAGCCUCCACUCGAUGGCUGGGGGUUUGUUCGCCAACUACUACCUCUUCUCAUCCUUUUCGUCCUUCCCCUUCUCUCCUCCCUCUUCUCCGGCACCUCGGCCCCCGCCGGUCCGACAUACCGAUUCGGUAAUCCUGAACCCCCGCACACCAUGGGCCGCACAACGCCCAAACUUGACAUCAGGUACUAUGUGAAUCCGGUCGACGUGGAGGACUUCAGUGCGCGGAAAUUCCGGCAGCUUGACCAGCGCGUGGAAUUGGACUACGUGACAUUACUCCGGUACGAGUGUGAGUCAGAGGUCAACGCCCGUGACCGGAAGAUCCAGGAAGCCCAGGGAUGGUUCUUCCCAAAUAUCGAGAAGAUGAAGGAAGCACGGGCCAUGGAGUUGACGAACUGCCGGCGGUUAGACUCGCUCAAGGGGAAGUAUUAA